UUAGGUUUCUCUCUCUAAGUUUCAACGUCCCUUCAUCUCUUCCCAUCCCCUCCCCACCUGUGUCUCUUCAGUCUUGCACUGAGGGGGAAGGGGUAGAGAGAGAUAACAGUCAAUCAGAAGAAAGAGAACCCCACAAUGAGUCGAAGCUUAGCACCAGACCUGCACGUGUCUGGAUAAAAUCUAGAAGCUCAUUAGUAUCUCUCUUUCUUCUCAUUCACACACUCCCACACAUGAUACACACUCUGGCCAAAGGAGAAGAGGAGAAUGAGAUCUUGAAGUGGGGGAACUGGAUAGGAUAUGAGAUGGGUUUGAAUGUUUGAUCAAUCAAAGCAGCAAAAAGGAGAAAACAAGUGUGUCUCGUGGGUUUCUUGAAGAACCUAAGAUGGAAUCAACCGACUCACGGAGCAAUAAUCAUCAACAACACCAGUCUUCUUCUUUGCAGUUGGUCCCUUUCGAUGACCGAUCGGGGCCAGGUCCCGGCCCCGGGUCAGGCCCAUUCAUGGGCUCCAUCUCCAUCGAAGCUGGCGCUAGUGGUGGUGGUGGUGGUAAUGGAGUUGCAGGCUUUUCCACUUCUACAACUACCGCCACUUCCACCAGUCCUCGGUCACCAACACUCAUCGAUGCUUCCCUUGCCAUCUCCACCAAAUCCGACUCCUACCCAUCUAAUCGAUCUGCCCCUCUCGUCGAUCCUUCCAAGGAUAACCAACAGCAGCUUUCGAUUUCUACUACCACCACUGCCGUUAAGCGAUCAUCGAAAGACAGACACACGAAAGUAGACGGCCGAGGUCGCCGCAUCCGCAUGCCGGCCACCUGUGCCGCGAGGGUUUUCCAAUUGACGAAGGAAUUGGGUCACAAAUCCGACGGUGAAACCAUCGAAUGGCUUUUACAGCAAGCAGAGCCUGCCAUCAUCGCCGCUACCGGUACAGGCACUAUCCCUGCCAAUAUAUCUACACUUAAUGUCUCUCUACGCAGCAGUGGCUCCACCCUCUCAGCCCCACCUUCUAAAUCCCUUCCUCAUUCAUUCCAUGGCGCAUUAGGCCUUGUCCACCAUCCCCAUCACUACGACGAAAGUGACGCCGGUCGGAGGUUCAUCGCCGGUGGAGAUAUGCUAGGGUUUCAUCCUCAACAACAUCAUGUAUUGACGGGGGAAGAAGCUCUGCCUGGUGAUGGUGGUGGUGCCGGUGGUUCUGGGGGAGAUUCUUCUGACAGCUAUUUGAGAAAACGCUUCAGAGAAGAUCUAUUUAAGGAGGAAGCAGAGUCGCAGCAGGAAACUGGGGAUGAAACGUCGCUCUCUGCGAGUAAGCCUCGGCAACAGCAGGAACAAGGAGGUGGUGCAGGUGAGGGUGGGGUUGCGGCACCUGGGUUAAUCCGGCCGGCGACGGCAAUGUGGGCUGUCGGGCCUGCCCCAACCAGUGGCGGCGGCGGAUUCUGGAUGCUUCCCGUCACUGGCGGCACCCCCUCAUCUGGUAGCGCUGCUGCUGCUACUGGCCCUUCAGAACCUCUAUGGACAUUCCCCACUGCAGGAGGACAGUACAGAGCAACUUCGAUACCUACAGCUACUGGGAACACACUUCAAGCGCCUCUACAUUUCAUGCCCAGAAUAAACUUUUCUGGUGGGCUUGGUUCGGUUCCACUUGGGUCUAUGGUUGCAUCUCAGCAUCUGGGUCUGGGCAUCUCAGAGACGAAUCUGGGGAUGUUGGCAGCUCUUAAUGCUUACAAUAGAGGUGCCGGAUUGAGUAUGAGUUCAGAGCAGCAACAUGGCAUGGAUCAUCAUCAACUGGUUCAUAGCCACCAUCAGACUCAAUCUACUGAUAGUGGUGAUGAACACCCAAACAGUUCACAGUGACAAGCUUCCUAAACUCAUUCAAUAGCAGGGAAAAGAGAUUGUUGAUUUUGCUGUUGAGAAGCAGGAGGCGAGUUUUUUUGAGUUUUGAGUGCCUUGGAAUUCCAUCCAACCCAGUCACCGUCUGGAUGAUCCAAGAAGACAUACCCACCUCUCAUUUUCUGUGGCUUUUGAUAUUUAUUUCUCUGAUUUUUCUUUCUUUUUAAAUUGAUGUGAGUUUUGAAGUUUUAUUUGUUUGGUCCAAAGGGACCAAAGGGGAAAGAACAGAUGGGCAGAGAGGAACAGUGAGGAGCUUUGUACAGCUAGGAUAAUUGUUUGUGUAGUAAUAAUUCUUUCUUUGUAUGAGAAUGAAAAAAAAAAAAAAAAUCAAGAAAAAGCAAAAACAUUGAAACGAGAAA